UGCUAUGUGAAUGACAUGCCUAUCAGUGUCAAAUGCAAGCUUCUACUGUACGCAGUUGACAGUGCUCUGUUAGUAUCAGGUAAAGACCCACAAGAUAUUGCUAAUAUACUAUCAUUAGAACUAGACUUCUGUAGCAAAUGGUUGGUGGACAACAAACUAUCGCUACACCUCGGGAAAAUGGAAGCCAUACUCUUUGGCACGAAACAAAAAUUGAAAAGGGACACAUCAGUCAGUAUGUCUCUUGGGCAGCUUACUGCAAACUACACAGACUCGGAGGGUGAAGACGAUGAUCAUCUGAGUGAUGACACAUCUCGCAGGUCCUCUCCCAUGGGGUUAUCCAGAAUAUCAGAACUGCGCGAUGAAGGUAGCCGUCGAGAAAAUUUCAGUGCAGAGUCAGGCGGUUCAGGCACAAACACUCCACGAAAGAAGGUGGAGAUUGGACAGUUGCAGCGAAGAAACCGUGUGAGAGCAGCACGGUUGCCACCGCAUAAAGUUAAUAGAUUAGUUUCCUAUGCUAAUGAAGAGGAUGAAGAUGAAGGAGAAGACAUUGAAAGAGAGAGAGAAGAGGAUGAACCUGAUGAAACAUUGAACUCUGAGCCGAUGGACACUGGCACAGAUGAAGGUGAAGACGACAAAGCAAAGGUGAAAUCCCAUGGCAUUAAGCUGCCUGCACCACCACCUGGAAAGUGUCCACAACAUUUACAGGAUAAAGUGGUUAGGUGCUUGAAUGAGGUGCGUCGAGGAAACAAGGACUACAAUGCCAUGAUUCAGAAUAACAAGGAAUUUCGAAAUCCUGGCAUUUAUGAAAAACUGAUUGACCUCUUGCAGCUUGAUGAGAUGGGGACCAACUAUCCACUGGAUAUGUUUGAUCCACACUGCUGGGGUAAGGAAUCUUAUUAUGAUGAAUUAGCAAGAGUACAGAAAGAAGAAAUGGAUAAGAGAGAAAAGGAACGGAAAGACAAGACUAAGGUGGAUAUAAUUUCUGGUACCAAAAAGCCACUUGAAGAGGAAGCCAAAAAGCGAAAAUCAAGGUUUGAUCAGGGAGGCCCAUCCAAUAAUGUUAUCAAGCCCAUGAUUGUUCCUCCAACCCUCACAUCUGUACCAACAGGAACUAAAGCCACCAUAGAUGCUUUUGGUAGCCUUAAGAAAACAAAAUAAAAUAAAUACCAACUUUCAUUUGAUAUGUAUUUAGGAUUUUGUGAUGAAUAGUUUAUUACAAAAUAAUGAAGACCUUGCAGAUUUUUUUAUUACAUGUUCAGUCUUUUUCUAAUACAUAGUGAAUAAAGAUAAUUACAACCA